AUUGUCUGUGGAAAUUUACAUGUGAUAAGUCGAUUCCCACGAUUCCCAGUGGAAAAUGUGCUCGAUUUCUGAACCGGUUGUCGUCCGGAAGCAGUGAGAGCAUGCUGUGUGUGUAGUUUUUAUUCGCCAUAUUUGCAUUCUGCCAACUAAUGCUGAGGAUUUCUGUCCUGAGCUCAGCUGCUCAGAACCAUUUGAGAAUAAGCCAAGCUCUGAGCCAGUCUAAGCAGCCCUAUAUUCCUGACUAUCUGAAUGCCCCCCGAUGGCUACAUAUCUUCAUCUAUAGCCUCGUUCAGGUCUCCAUCUACAGCCUCUAUCUAAUCCCUCCACAAUGGACGGGCAGAGCUUCUUUGACCUGUUGGAGGGCGCGGACGCGUGUCUCAAUGAAUCGGCUGCACCACCGCCACCUCCUCCCGCCGUGGGGUGUCAAGGCUGUCUGCGAAGUCAACAGGAGUUGUUCGAGCUCCGCUCUCAACUGCGGGCCAUGGAGCUGAUCAAAGAGAAAAUCAUCAAAACUGAUCAGCUGAUCGGCCGCUACAGUCAGCUGUCCGCCCGUCACCGCGAGCAAACCAGACGUCUAGAGGAAUCGUCUCAGUUGGUAGCGCAGCUGCAUAGAGACUGUAACAAACACGAGGCCGAGCUGGGGACGCAGCUACGUGAACUGAACGAACUCAGACAGGAGGUUGCCGUGAAGACCCAGCAGCUGGACGCGCUGAUGUCGGAGAUGACGGAAUGCAGGGCACAGCAGCAAGGCGCCGAGGCCGCCAUGAUGCAGUACAAGACAGCACUCCAAGAGCUGGAGAAAAGGAUGGAGUCAGAUCAGCAGGCAGCCAAGGAGAAAAUAAUCGCCGUUGAAGCUCCUGAAGUUGAAGAUUACGUCGUCCUCUACAGCUUCUCGAGCAUCUGGGAGGAUUCCUGCGAUAACAUUGGCGAAGAGCUUUGCAGGAAGCAGUGUCGUGACGACUCCAACGCCCUGGAAGAGAAUGGCGGCUGGAUGGCGCCGGCUUCAGAGGGAGACAGCAUGACGAUCGGUGACGUCGCCUGCGAGAAUCUCGGACGUGAUGAAACUCUGGGCAUCGAGUCUCAGCUGUACAGCUCGGUCUGUGACCUGCCGUACCACGAGGAGGGACACGGCAUCAGGGACCUGCUCUGCUGCGAGGACGGACUGCAGGUGGAGUGUCUGGGACCCAUCACCACCCUGCCGCCCAUGCUGUAG